AUUACUCCAUUGUCCAAUGAAUCCAUCUCCAUGUUGUCUCAGAAUAAAACGCUGCCAACCACGGAGGAAGUGGCUCUUCAGAUCCUCUUGCUUUUUCAGAUUGGGGUUGGGACUGUAGCCAACAUGCUUCUCUUUGGCCAUAAUUUCUCUCAAAUCUUGACUAAGUCUCAAAUGAGGCCCAUACAGCUCCUUCUUAUAAACUUAGCUGUUUCUAAUUCAUUCCAUCUCCUCCUGUAUGUGGAUCCAAAACAUUUUCCUGUUUUUGUUACAAGGAAGCUCCCAACUGACCUCACAUGUAAACUUGGCUAUUUCUUUCACCUGAUAGCACGAAGCACAAAUAUGUGUUCCACCUGUUCCCUGAGCACCUACCAGUUUUUCACUCUUGUUACCAGUAACUGGGGGAGUUCAAUGCUGAGACGAAAAACCACCAAGUUCCUGAGUUCUUCUUGUUACAGUUGUUGGCUCUUCAGUGUAUUAUAUAAUGUUUACAUUCCAAUGAAAAUCACUGGUCCACAGAACACACAUCAUAUUGACAAUGAUCCUAAAAGAAAGUGGGUGUGUUUCAUCUCUGGUUUCAAUGUAGCCAUGGGAGUCUUGCGGUUUGCCCAUGAUGCCAUGUUCAUCAGUAUCAUGAUCUGGACAAGUGUCUCCAUGGUGACUCUCCUGAAUAGACAUCACCAAAGACUGCAGCACAUUCACACCACCAACCAGGACCACAGAGGCUAUGCUGAAACCAGAGCCACCCAUACCAUCCUCAUGCUGGUGGUCACAUUUGUGAGUUUUUAUCUUCUGGACUGUAUUUGUAAUUCCUUUCACAUUUCUUAUGUGGACUCUCGUUUCUGGUUGAGACAUAUAAUUAAAGUUUUAGCUUCAAGUUUCCCCACUAUUUCUCCCUUACUGUUGAUUUGUAGAGAUCCUAAGGAUCCUUGUUCUGUGCUCUUCAUUGUCGGUCUCCCUAGCAAAGACUCUCCAAUGGGUAGUAUUGAGGUUAGAAAGAGGCUGUUUAUACUGUUCAUCAUUGAAAAUCAGGACUGA